GCUAUUAAACUGUGGAAGAGGAAAGUGGGCCCCUUGAAUGAGGCGGACACCAGUGAAACACCAUCGGAAAAAAUCAUGUUGAUGCUGUGCGGACUGCCGUGUAGUGGCAAGUCGACAUUGUCACAACACUUUCUGGUCCCGGCGGGCUACGUCAGAGUUUGCCAAGAUGUGCUCAAGUCGAAGGAGAGAACCUUAAGAGAAGUAGAGCGGCUCUUGGAGGAAGGCCGGAGCGUCGUGCUCGACCGCACCAACACUGACAAGGCUCAGAGGGCGCCCUUUAUCAGUUUGGCCAAACGCUUUAAUGCUAAGGUGUGU